CUAGAGAGACAAAAAAGGAAUUUAUAAAAUUAAAUUUUCUAAAACAAUAAGUUUCUUCUUGUCGACUAUAUACAAUAAUACAUUGCGUAGAGUGAAAAAUUUUCGUAUUGUAAUAUUUUUCCAGAAAUUCUCUAAAAAGCGACUUCCUACCUUUACCAGAAAAAAUGAGGAUUUUUACGUGUUCUCUGGUUCUAGCCUUAGCUGUCGUCCUUGAUUCUUUUGAAGUACCGCGAACACCAAUCAUGCGAAGACGACAAAUCGUUAUACCUCGUGGUCCGAAUUUAGAUGGAAGUCAGGAACCAGUUUCUAGUCGCAUCAGCCUGUUACAUUAUCUACCAGGCGCUCCACCAUUAAUUCUGUUACACAUGCAUGUUAAUGGAACAUACAGGAAUUUUGGAACAGGAGCGACUUUACUAAAAAGAGGAAAUUUAAUUUAUGCAUGGGACAAUGCAGGUGUUAUUGCUCCAUUAUUGGACCGCAAUGGCCGUGUGAUUGUCCUAGAGGGAUCAACAAUGCGCACGGUAAUAAACGAGAAUGCAUUUCGCCAGCGUUUUGGUAUAGGUGAUCGUACGCCAUGUCCUGCGGCAGCGUGCUAGCUAUACUUAAUUUAAAAGUUUAAUUUCCGUAAUAUAUCGAGCUGAAUGUAAGAAAUUGCCAAUUUUCAUCUAUAAAUUCAGUUAUAAAUGACAGAUUUUGCUUAUCGGUAAUUGUUUACAGACAUGGCCCUUUUGUGUCCAUGGGUUAUAAUACUACAACUAAUGAUUGUAUUAUUGUAAAAGUCAGUCAAAAUCAUCAUUUAAGCACCGCAUAACAAGUUUUAUAGUGAAAAUAAAGUUAUAUUAUUUUAAGAAGAAGUAAAAAAUAUUAAUUAUUCGAAAAAGCUUUGACAGACGUCCACACACGCCAAAGGUAAAUUUUGGAGUCACGUAGGAAGUAAAUAAAUUUAUGUUUAAAAAUCUCAAAUUUAGACUCAAAAAGUACAAUCUUCAUCAUUAAGGGCAUGUGACGCAGCCACAUACCUAUAUUACCGACCUUACUUUCAGUUCCCUAAAUCUUUGUUUGAACCUAAGAACUUUUUUUGUGAAAAAAAUAUCGAGCUGUAACUUUGAAAACUUUAUUAGAGUACAAUAUAAUACGUUUAGGUACUGCAGUUCGGUAGGAACUUCACUAAAAAUUAUUUCUGACUAAAUUUAAACUGGUAGCCUUUUUCACAUUUUUUUUCAGAAACCUCAACGUUUUUUAACUCAUAUAACUUUUCUUGUGCAUAAAAUAUCGGUCUCAAACUUUAAUAAAUGCAAGAUCCGACAGAAGACUACGUUAAAGUACACAAUUUAUUCAAAAAAUAUGUACAAGGAAUAUUUAAACUAAAUGUUAUCCGGCAUGCAACAAAGGAAUCACAAUGGAGAACAAACCAGCUGUAAGAGCCUCGGUUUGUGGCCGCCAGGGUUCGGAUUAUUGUGCACAUCACGAAAACCGUUAACGGCUGAUGCCGAUGGGCUUUAUAGUCGAUUCCUUUGUUGUGCGCUGGAUACGAUUUUGUUGAACUAUUUUGUUUACAUCUUUUAUUAGUUCGAAAAAAUAGUCAGUCAACUGAUAAAGUGAGGUUGGUAAUAUAGGUAUUUGGCUGUGUCACAGGCCUUUCAUAUUUUAAUUUUAAUACUAUAUAUGAUGCCUAAGCCUGCAAAUAUGAGUGUCCAUGAAAAUAUUUUUGGGGCUAACGUCGAUACAUAAACAGACGUCUUUUGACAAACAGGAAUAUACUUUUGGUCCUGCUUGUACGCCGGAUUGAAAAAAAAAGUAUUUCAUUACUCAUCCCCUAAGUUUUGAGUGUAAGUGUUAGGAGCCUUCUUCUUAAAUAAAAAAAACGGCCAAUAAAA